GGAAUAGGAAUUGGACCGACUUGCACAACUGCGAUGCUGCCUUGCGACUGGAAAUAGUCUUCAAGCGACUGCAGUGUGAUUACGAUUGUAUCGUACGAUUUUAUGACUGCUAUUAUAGACGAGCCUGAAAAUCUAACCUGAAAAGUGCAGAUAUAAAACAUUUAUAAUUUAUAAAGACGGACUCUUGAAAUAUUUUAUUCAUUGUUGAUAUUACAUGCAAAACAUGGUUUACUUGCACUUUCCGUCAAAUUUAACGGAGGAAGAGCUGAUGCUGCAAGCCAAAUAUAACAAACUUAAGAGAAAGAAAAAGGCUCUGCAAGAUUUAAAGGCUCCUAAACAGGAAGUAGAACGUAUUCCUCAAGUGCUAAAACGACCUACAGAAGCAAGAGAUGCUCGCGAAGUAGCUAAGAAAUUAAUCAAAUCUGGUGUAAUCACAGCUCCAAAGAUACCUAAACGACCGGAGCAAACUUUUAAAAGAUCUCGUGGACUAGAAAGAAAAUUAAACAGUACAGAAAAAACAAUUAGUUCUUACCAACCAUUCUCGGCAACACAGGAAGAAGAAGAAACAGAGGCCAAGAGACCAAGAGUAAAAGAUUUGUACAAUAGCUUUGUUGGCGCUCAAGACACUGGAGAUAGAAGUGUCAGCGACACACAAUCUCCAAAGCAAGAGAUUAAACCACGUGCGGGAAAUACAAUAUUUGUAUGUGGCUACAAGAUAACAGAAGAUUAUCUUAAGAAACAUUUUCAAAAUUUUGGAAAUAUUGUUAAUAUUUCAAUGGAAGUAGAAAAAAACCGUGGUUUUAUAACUUUUGAAAAAGCCGAAGCAGCUGAAAGAGCAAUAAGUGAAAUGGAUGGUAGUAUGGUCUCUUCGAUCCAAUUAAAAGUAUCAUUAGCAAGGAGACAACCUGUAAUAGAACCUGUGAGCGAUAUGUCUAGUUCUAUGUGGUCACCAAUUGCAGCUAACUAUUCACAAAAAAGCGCACAUAAAGACAGACGCGAUCUUAAAGUUUAUGAAGAGGACCUUUUUCAGUAAAUUAUCCAAUACACGGUCUAAUGGUUCCGGACGUCCAUCCCGGGGAGGUCAUGGCGUAUACCGGUACGCGGAUGCGGGACGAGGGUCGCGGACGGGGAACUGGACUUGGCGGACUUUGGGAGCUGACCGAGCUUUCUAUCUAUAGCCAGCCGGGCGAACCUUAAAUAGCCGCGGUGGUCUGCGACGUGGUUUCGCACGAUGUAACCUAUACCCGAUGCGCGAAGAGGACAGGUGGGUCAGAUAAUCUCACGGUUAAUUUCGCGAAGGUAGAAAGACCACCUUACAUCAUCCACUAUCCAUGUGGGCGAGGGUGAGAUGAUCAACGUGUUUAGCGCCAGUUUCGAUAGAAGAAAGGUAU